CCACUUGCCUUUCUGCUUCAAAACAACACUACUCUUUCUCUCUAACAAAAUGAUUAUUAAGUUGAAUUGGAGGGGGAAAAAAAAAGGGAAGGGCACUUCACAAUCAAGUAGUUUGUCCCUUCCCACUCAAUUAGUUUGUUGAAGAAAUCAGCAUUCUCACAUCAUAUUGAACAACUGAGUGGUCCAAUCUAAGGCAAGGUAGGUAUAUGUGUGAAAUUCUUUUAGGAUUCGUUGAUGUAAAAUGCAAAUUUGUCUAGCCCUAAAUUCAAUCAAUUGAGAACAAUCUGGGCCUAAUUAGGCCCAACUGCUUUUUUUUUCCUUUUAAGUUUUUAUUUUUAUUUUUUAUACUCACAUUGUAGAUAUUUUUUUACUACUGAAUUUUUAAUUUUUAUAGCUUACCCAAUACAUUUCAUUCUCCACUUUCUUCUUCAUUACAUUCUGUACUUAGCAAGAUCAUUACAUUUUUUCCUCAAACAAUUUUUGAGAAACCUACCAUGUCCAUUAUCGAGACAACAGUCAGGGAUAAAAUAUGUGAUCUAAGACAUCUAGGCAAUACUUAUCUAGUUUGUAUGAGGGAUGAUGAAGGUAAUCUGAUUUGGAGGUGCACUUUGUGCCAAAAAGAUUUCAAAGCAUUUACAUAUGUCCAAACCGCUGCUGAGAUCCAAGGUCAUUUGACCUAUGAUCAAGGCCACAUUAAAAUGCUGGAGUUUGCUGAUAAGACUUUACAUAAGAAUAACCCUUGGCCAUUUUAUGAUUCGGUAGUGUUUUCAAUACAUACUCCCGAUGUUCAAAAAGUUGAAAACGUGAUCUGCUUUGGUGAGUUGGACGAUAUGAAAAUAGAUUUUAUUGGAGUGUCGACAAAGUAUCAGCGACUUACCGAUAAUAAUGCGUUUGUUCAGAAACUUUGGUUCAAGUGGAGUGCUUGUGAAGCCAUACCUCUGGAUAUGCAGAAUGUUCCCCGACAUCAGUAUUCACUAGAUAAUUUUAAAUUUCGUCAAAAUUUAGGUCGACGAGUUACUCUGGGUGAACAGAUGGAGCGUAUGAGGUUGUCGGACAAACCUAAAAAGGAACUUAAGCUGAAGGAAGUCAUAUUUGAGCGAACUUGUCAUCUGUGUUGUAGCAAAAUACUUCCUGCAUCGGAUGUGGGCACGUUCCUGCACAAUGCAUCUUCGAGGCUUUCCUGUAGCUUUUUCAAUGAUACAGGGAAUUUCCAUGUGUUUCACAUGUCCUGCAUAAUUCAGUGGACUUUGUUAAUGGAUGGAGUGAGUCUAAAUGGACCUAACGUCGAAGUCACACAAAUUAAAGGCUAUUUAGGAAAAGCUGUGGAGGCAACUCCUCAAAAUAUGGCUAAAAUUGAUGGUUACCUGCACUGUCCUGAAUGCUGCAGCAAGGAUUCUGAUCCGAACUUUCUUAAUCUGGAAACAGGGCCCACUUGAAUUGCUACUUCACGCCCUCAAAUUUGCUGCAAUCUUGGAAGUUAAUGACUUCUCUUAGCAAAUAUGGGCCUCACUUGAAUUAUGUAUUUUAGGCGCUGCAUUUGCAGCAAUUUUAAAACCAUCAGUUUUCUAUAAACAACGGCCCCAUUGAAUUUCACAUUUCACACAUUUGUAUUGACAGCUUAUUCAGGAUAGUACAACUCUUUUCUUGUGUAGAAAUUGAAAUGAAUUUCUAAAGCAUUAGGAAAAGAAUCGAUACAUGUGACGAUGAGAAGAGUUCUAUACUUCUAUUGGAUCUACAAGCUAGCAAUACAAUGGUCACAUAAUCACCUUCAUUAUUAGACUAAUUAGGAAAAUACUGAAUCCUUAUUGAUCAGAAAUAUUACCAAGGAAUGGUGAUUCAUCU